AUGAGUGCCGAAAAGUGUGAAGUCUGCCUCGAGGAGAAGCCCAAGCUCGUUACCUGUGGUCGUUGUGGUAAUCGCAAAUACUGCGGUGCCGCUUGCCAAAGAAAGGACUGGUCCACCCACAAGCACUCAUGCCAGCCCAAGAAACAGCCUUCAUGGAUCCUCAAGAUCACCAUCCCUGAUUCCAGAGAGCCUCAGAUUUGGCGCACUCUGGUCUGCCCUGACAACGCCACCUUUCAGGAGCUGCACUACGCCAUCCAGAUCGCCUUUGGCUGGGCCGCCGCACACAGCUAUGACUUCGUUGCUCGCGAUCCCACUGCCGAAGAGCGUCCUGUGGAGGAUAUCAUGGCUCUGAUCCAGCGUCGCAUGGUCCAAGACAAUGACGAGCAGAGAGACUUUGGUCCUCGUCAGAACUUCAUUCGCAUUGUCAACCCCAACGACCAUAAGAUGAUUGACUCAAUGCACUCUUAUGACCGCAAGCAUUCUCAGACCCCUGAGAAGAAGGCAGACAAGGUCUACGUCGGCGAGCAGUUCAACAAGAAGGAGUGGAAGAACGCAGAGUGGGAGUACAUGUACGAUUUCGGCGACAACUGGGGUCACGAGAUUGAGAUCAUUGGACGCGGCAACGUUGACGAUGCUUUCAAGUGCACUGAUGGUAACGGUCACGGUAUCGCUGAGGACGCUGGAAGUAUGCCUGGCUGGGAAGAGCUGAAGAAUGCUUACAGAGCUGCAAAGCCGAAUGAUGAGCAGAAGGAGAAGAUGCAUUGGUAUGAGAACAUGGCCAGUAACUUUGACCCUGAGGGCUUGAAAGGAAGAGAGAGCUAUGUCGAUCUGAGCGUUAUCAACUCGUUGCUCAAGAGUAGUAUGGAUUGCAUGGACUAG